AUGAAGACUCUGCACCAGUACUCGCUCGCGUUUGUCGACGACUCUAGCCUAAUAGUGAUCUUGGGUGCGCCCCGAACGGAUCAGUCGGACGCGUGGGAGAGCCUGCUGGCUGAGGUCACCAAGCUGAUCGCGGCUGCCGACGACAACGGCGAGGUCUGCGACCUCGCAUGUGAGUCGAUUAUCGAACUCAAGCGAGAGUUUGGAAUUCAGCUCGGAGUGUCUUGCGAAGUGGUUGCUCACGAGCACAAGGCCGAGGCAGUCAUGCCAGCCGCGCCCGGUCGUGGUGUGUACACGGAGAACAACUUGGACUCGCUCGUUCGGUCGGAGUUUCAUCGUCUGAUCCAGCUGGCCAAGGCCUCGUUUGUGCCGGAGGAGGACACGUGCUCUGUGAGCCGCGCCCUUGACGUGUACUUUGCCGCGCCCACGUGCACGCCGUUGACGCUCUUCACCGUGCUGGGCAUUGACGCUGAUGGGCGUAGUGUGCCGCUCAUGGCAGCGUUUCUGCAGGAAAGUACGACGAUGUCGUACCUGGAAGCGCUCCUCUUCUUCUCCAAGCACUUUGACGCUGCACCGGAGCUCGUCCUCCUCGACGAGUGCGCGGCGGAGCUGCGUGCCGCGUGCCUCGCGUGGUCGACGACGCGCAAGCGCCACUGCCGCUUCCACCACCUGCAGGCUCUCGGUCGCCGCUUCACCGCCCUCUCCUAUCCAGUGCACGACGUCAUCGCCGGCCUCGUGUACGCCUCGUCGCCGGACGUCUUUGGCCGCCGCCUGCGCACGCUUUACGACGCGCUCGCCGGCGCGCGGGAGUGGGAGCCGGACUCGGCCGAGGCCAAGGCGCUCGAGGAGAUUCACCGCGUUGCGGACGACCUCUCGAGCCUCAGCGCGUCGGACGACGUCGAUGCCAUCAUCGACUUUGACGGCGACGGCGAUGUUGACGCUGUCGUCGACGUGGAUGGCGACGGCGACGGCGACGGCGACGGUGACGGCGACGGGGACGCCACGACGUCGAGCGUCCGCGACAAAACGUUCGAGCGGACGUACGGCGACGUCCACGACGUGGUGUACGACGCGAAGGUCCUCAAGUACCUCGCCGACACGCUCUCCAAGCGGAUGCUCUGGUCGAAGGCUUGGUACACCAGGUACUACGCGUACGGCACAACUAAUCAUGUGGAAUCGUGCCACCGUGUGCUCCGCUUCAAGUACGGUGUCGGCUGCCGCGUGGUCCAGCUUGCCCUCGUCGUCCAGCACGUUCUCGAGGUUUACCAUGCGAUCAUCUAG